UCGCACAUGGCCGCUGCUAGAAGUUGCUGCAUUUGUUGACAGUGGUGACAUUUUAACUUCUACCGUUUUUUGCCGUAUAUCAUCGUUCGGAAGCGCACACAGAGGUCCAGCGUAGCUAGGCAACGCCUGCUCCACAAUCGCACCGUGUUGUCACUAACCUUUUGGGAGGUGACAACGAAUGUCUUCGGUCUUUCUUUGUGCCAGUGUCUAGUGUUUUGAGCAGUCUCGUUGUCUACUUCGUAGCGUAAGAGACUGACCUGCUGGCGUAAUGAAGGCAAACAGACCAGACGCCGGGAAAGGUCGUGGCGGCUGGGGCGACCAGCGGCAGCAGAAAGGUGCGAGACCAGAUCAGCCCGCUAAUCGAAAAGUGUAUGUUGGGAAUAUCGGCGCCGAAGCCAGAGAGGCAGACAUUCGCCGGGUUUUCGAAAAGUACACAGUGGAGAACGUGAACAUGCGAUUCGAAGGAGAAAGGAAGGCGCACUGCUUUGUCAUCUUUUCUACUGAAUCAGAAGCAGAAGAGGCCCUGUGCGGGUCAUUUAUGCUUAACAAUCAUCCCAUUGCUGUCAAGAGUCCUAGCACCAGACCUGAGCCUGUUGGGUUCAGCUCGCAGCCUUCAACAGGAGCUUCUCGAGACCAUCGUGAAGGUUCCAAGGACAGCAGCACUGACAAGUCAAAGGAAGCGUUCCUUGCAAACUUGCCAAACCAUAUUGAGGAGGAACACAUCCUCCAACUCUUUGAGAGGUUUGGACCUGAGAAAGUGGUGCUUAAGAAGCCAGAUAACAAGAAGCCGUUUGCAUUCCUGACAUUGCGAGACCAGCAGGCAGUUGCAGAUGCCAUCAAUGAAAUGAAUAACUAUGUUUUUCUGGGAAAGAAGAUCAGUGUCAUGGUCUCCGGUCAAAGGGGCGGUUCGUCAGCUCAGCCAAACAGGGAUAUGCAGCAGAACAACACUAAUUCUUCUCAUGAAAGCAGUAACAUAGAGGAGUCAUGGGACAACAUGCCAUCAUCUGCACCAAGUUUAUUACCUUUGCCAAAUACCAAGAGUGUGCAGAAUGGCAACAGAUUUUCUCAUAAAGGCGGCACUUCAGAAGAAAGCUGGGAGAAUGGGCCGUCUACGCCUAGCAUUGUUCCUGACGUACACUCUUCCUCCUCCCCCUCGAUGCCGAUCCUUGAUGGACCUCCAGCGCUUUGUCGAGUCUUGGAUGCUCGUAGGGCUGGUGACGUUCCACCACCGUUGAUCCGUGUCGGGGAUGGUCGACCGCCUACGGCUCCCAAACGAGCUGUCAUUCACAUAUCUGAGCACACUGCCGCAAAUGGAAUGGACUUGCAGGAUGGCCCGCCUCCUUUGGAACGUGUCCCAGCUCAGGGAGCCCAUGGCAGGCCACAGCAAGAAGGUUCAGCAGCUGCUAAGGCACCAAAUGAAGUCUUUGUUGGAAAUUUGAAGGCAGGCAUCACAGAAGAAGAAAUAAGGAGCAUUUUUGCAAAGUAUGGAGUGGUCAACAUUUCCCUGAAAGCAAAGGGCCCAAAGCCCAUAUGCUUUGUGGAACUAGAAAGCGCAGUGUGUGUUGAGCGUGCUGUUCGAGACCUGGAUGGUACCUCUGUGGGAAAUCAGCAAAACUUGGCUGUUCGCAAGGCAGAUGCCCCCAAGCCAAAACAGAAGCCACAGAAAGCAGAGACACCUGCUGCCAAGGACCCCUUCAGCAAUGCAAACAAGCUCUUUGUGGCUAACCUCCCGAAGAACAUCACAAAGGAUGACCUAAGGAAUAUUUUUGACAAGUAUGGAGUGGAAGAGACCUUUCUCAUCACUUCAAAAGGAUCUCCGUAUGGCUUUGUCACCCUGUCAUCAGAGGCUGCCUUCAACGCAGCCCUACAUGAGAUGCAGGGCUUCGUUUUUCAAGAUCACAAGCUGUAUAUUGGCCUGCCUUCAAGGAGGGAUGGCAACCAACAAGCUAACCCUGCUCCCAAGACCAACGUAGUUUCUGCCAAUGACCGUGUUACCGGUAGUAAUAAUCCUGGCCAUUCAUCUGAGCCAUCUCCAGUGGUACUUUGUGUUGCAAACUUUCCCCCUGAAACAAAAAUGGCCGACAUCGCAGAUCUUUUCUCCAGCUGGGACCCCAUUGAAGUUGUCAUGGGGAAAUGCGAUUCCUCUGCUCUAGGAUCAUAUGCACACGCCUACGUGACGGUGGCUGACAGAGACGCUGCAGAAACCGCUGUGCUGAAUCUGAAUGACACCUACUUCAACGGCCGAAUAAUUGUGGUUGUCUCACUGCCUCACAAUUGCAGAAAGGCACCCUGAGACCCACUGUCAAUGAGGCCUGCUUUCUUCCCAUCCUUUGGCAUCAAGUCAUGUCAGUGUCUGUGGGAAAAUCAAGUCGUCGUGUUUCUACCUCUAGUGUGUCUGGUGUUGUGACUGUGUAAAAGACAUUCCAAGUUCCUCAUUACCAUCUUCAUGGUCUUGACAAAGCUUACACAGGAGAUUGUGUUGUUCCCUCUGACCUUGCUGCCAAAUUGCAGGUUGGUUUGCUGUGUUCUAUGCUCUUUGUUGGUAGGACUUUGCCAGGCAGCAUUGUUUCAUCUUUUUGAAGCAGUUUGUGCGGACAGGGUUUCCAGUAGUAUGGUAUGUUAUCUAUAUGUUGGUCACACAUAUAGCUGGAAAAAAGGCAGUAAAGACAGCGGCAUUGAAUUUAAAGGCACAGGACAGUACUACUGUCUAGCGUGGCAUAUUAUGUUUUCAUUUCUUGCGUUGUUCUCUUUUGAGCCCUACCUUUCUUGAGCAAGUCGAUUAAAAGUACACUCUCCUUGAGUGACAAGCAUUGUAGAUUGCAGGGUUUAAGCAGUGCUGUGCACAUAUAAGUGCCACUGUAGAAAGCACCAGACACGCAGUGCUAAGGAGCUGCAUAAAGUAGUGAUGACUAUUGUUGCAACUAAAGAUGCAGCUUGAAGCGUUUAAAUAUUUGUUCAUUUUUCUGCAAAUUAUUGUACACGGGUAACAUACUUCGUGCUGAGCACAUGUACGUUUGCACGGAGCCUGGUGAUCCACGUUUUGCAAUGGAGGAGCAGUUGUUUUAUUUAAUGUUUUGUAAUUAACUAUACAACAUUUGACUUUGAUGCUUGAUUUUUAUUUAUGCAUAGCAAGUGGUAUCUGUGAGUUGUCUUGUGGUUGUGCUCAGGUCUGUGUGAUUAGCAAAAGGUUAGUAGAAAGAAAAAAAUGACCUCUUUCUUUAUGUGGAGGUGGGAAGGCAGGUUAUUGGCAGAAGUUGCUUUGCGGAAGUACGCUGCCCGAAGGGCAAGCUAUGAAUAAUACAUGCUGCACUGCAUAGGGCUCGAGUAUUGUAUAUAGCUAAGUGACCUUAGGAAACAAAUAUAGUGUGGGGCAGCUUGAGUCCUGGGCUCACGCAUUUUUGAGCGAAAACUUCUGGCGGUACUCGACUCCAGAUGUGUCAUCUACGGCUGACAGUGCUCCUUUCCCAGUGCCAGGAACAUUGUUGCUUGUAAAUGCCAAUGCAUCUGGUCAAUUCAUCUUGAGCCAACUAAGUCAUCUUACUUCUUAAUGUGAUUGCUCAAGAGUACCGCCCCUGCAGUUAUGCUUUGAUGUUCUGACAGACCUUGAACUGGUGUGUAUCAAGGACAUUUCUAAACUGUACCCUGCAUUGUCUGAAAGAUAAUGUACACAUAGUGCAUGUUUCUUUUUUUAAUUGAUUAUGCACACAUUUUUGCGUGUAGGAAAUCCAAACAUUUGCAGGAUUUGUUUGGGUGGAAUGUUAUUUUAUGUGCUAGUGACUCUAGUUCUGUAGAUGCUUGUUACAUAAGGCUUGCCCGCUGUCCAUGAGCUUGUUCUGUAGCGCACUGAGAAAGCCUAUCAACAGAAGGGGUGGAUAAGUGAGGUAGUUAUAUGGUUCGUGAACUGUCCUGUCUUUGGACUGCGUAACCUCUGGAGCAGCUUUCUAAAGGGCCAUCGUCUUGAAGCUACUAUGGACGCAGUGUGUCGCAUGGUGUGCGUUUGUGAGAUGUAAAGAGCUAAAAGGCAGAACGACUAUAAGGUGGGCAAGUUGGAACCGAUUCAUAUUGAAGAAUGGGCAAAAUGAUAGAGCGUUUUUUAGAAUGAAGUGAGGUAGAAGUUGUGAUUGUAUAAACAGAAGAGCACCUAUUGGUUAAAAAGAAUUCAUUGACUAAUAUGGUGAUUAUUAAAAUUGAAAUGGCCACACUUGCAGCUUAUUGAAGUGGCACAGACAUCCCACGAAUAUCUUGAGGAAUGCGCAAUUAGACUUACCUGAUUCAGUGGAUGUAGUGGCUUUUGUGUGCUGAAGUUGCACAUAUUUAACUUCUGAGAAGGGCUUUUCCUGAAAGUAAUAAAACAGCACAAAUGGUUUCCAGCAGAACGUACUGACACGGACAGAAAGGGACAACGACACGCUGGUGAACCAGCAUGUGUUGUCGUCCCUUUCUGUUCGUGCAAGUACAUUGUGCUGGAAGCCAUUUGUGCUAGGUGCAGCCAGCGAGCUCAGGCAAGCACUAGUCUGAAGAAAUAAAACAUAGUGAUAUUGCAAUUAAGUUUCUUCACUCAAGUUGAAUACAGCCUUUUGACUGAUUGUUACCUGUUGGUGGAAUGCAGGCAUAAUGUUCAAAUUCUGUAGACAACAGCUUACAUAAGUAGCUAGGCUGAAAAAUAAGUAGUGGUCUGCUAGAUUUAGGAACUGUGGAAAACAUAAUGCCGCCGUCUUUCUUUUUUUCUUCCUAUAAAGGUUUUGUAGAGUAGACCACUACAGCUAAGAUCAAAAUGAAUGAGAUUAUGUAUUCAUGCUUUCAUAUGUCAUGAGAAGUUUUAUUGCCACUGCAGGACCUUGAUUGAUUUGUCAAGUUGAGUUCAUAUCCCACUCCAAUAUCUGAACAUGCGGUGCACAACUUUAAAAGCUGCUUAGAAAAUAUUUUUUGAGGAUUCUUUGAAAUGUCUCAGUUUUGCUUAAUUUUCCUAAAAUAUUUCAACUCAUGAUUGUGUAAAUUGCAAUGUUGCAAUCUUGAAUUAUUCAUGCAUGAUGGAAAGAAAUUUGAUGUAUAACCCUUCGUUGAAGAAAAAAUUAUUCUUUGGUGAUGUAUAGGAUGCUGUCCGAAGUUAGUGUACUGAAGUUCAUGAGGUAUUGGACUUGCAUUUACACAAACAAGCUUUUUUUUUCUAAACCUUAUGCCUCGCCUCUUGUUGAAGCCAGUUAAGAAUGAAAAAAAUCAAUGCAACGGAAAUGUGCGUGAAAUAUUAUAUUCAUUUACUAUGUACAAGCAAUUGGUCCCACGACCAUCAUCACUGUGGUCAGUGCAAAGUUUUGUACUUGGCAACAAAUGUGUGCAGCACCAAAAAAAAAAAAAAAGAUGAUGUGUACAUGUGCAACUCUAUCUUCCAUGUGUGUUUAUAUUGUAACAAAACAGUCAUUUCAUUUUUCUUCUCACUGCACUGAACUGUGUUCAUACAUCAAAAUAAAAUACUUUGCAAGCGAAUGUCGCUUCUAUACAGA